GGUUUAGGUUUUUGGAAAUCUGAUUUUGGAAUUGCAGAAUCUUAAACCUAGAGCUGGAAGAGCCCUUAGGGAAUUAUAUCACCCAACCUCCUCCUUUUACAGAUGAGGAAACUGAGGCUCAGGGAGUUUAAGCUUUCAACAACCUCAAAAUUUAACCUCACCCCCUUGGGAGAGUGACUGACCUCUGUCCUCCUCCAGCCUGGGAGUAAAAGAGAAGAGUUCUUAUUUCUCUUUCUUGUUAGGAUAGUUACCUUCCUCAGUCCCACUUUCCCUUUAAAAAUGGGAAUUUGCCUUUUGUUGAAAUGCUUUAUUUUAUUUCAGCCAAACCCUCACACACUGCUUCUGGUUUCACUGCAGAAAGCAGGAAUGGGGCACGUAGAAGUGCCCAGUGAGGAACAACCCUCACAAAACAGCCACAAAUCACAAACACUCAAGGGGAAAUAGGAUGGAAAUGAGAAUAUGAUAAACUUUUUCUUCUGGAUAAAAGAGUAUAUGGGGUUAGGGGGUGAAGAGAAGAAGGGGAAGGACGGGGAGGAUCUCUGCUCUGACUCAGCCCUUAGAGCUUGUUGACUGAGCAAAAAUCUGGGACAGCUGCCCAUAGCUGCCUUGAUUUGAGCCAAGCUAGUCCGACCCUUUUUCCUCGGCACCUGAUUGGACCUGACUGUAAACAGACCUGAGAGCUCAGUCCCAAACCUUAAAAAGGGGUGAAUUCUUCUGGAAUCAGCCUGGAUUUCUCGCUUCUGGACUCAUGGAGGUCACAGUCUUCAUUCUCCAGCUGGCCAUCUCUGUCACCGUGUUCCCCAUCUUUCUACUCCACUUCUUGGGCCUGCGGGGAUGGAUAUGCAAAAAGCUCUUUCCUUACUUCUUGGUGCAGUUCACCAAAAGCUACAACAGAGACAUGGCUGCCAUGAAGCAGGAGCUCUUUAGCAACCUGCAGGAGUUUGCAGGGUCCUCGGGGAAGGUGGCCGUGAUGGAGGUUGGCUGCGGUACGGGAGCUAACUUUAAAUUCUACCCUCCCGGCUGCAGGAUCACCUGUGUUGACCCCAAUCCCAACUUUGAGAAGUUCCUGAUCAAAAGCAUUGCUGAAAGCCGGCACCUGCAGUUUGAACGCUUCAUAGUGGCUCCGGGAGAAGACAUGCAUCAAAUAGAAGACAACUCCAUGGACGUGGUGGUCUGCACCCUGGUGCUGUGCUCUGUACAGCAGCAGGAGAAAUUCAUCAAAGAGGUGCACAGAGUGCUGAGGCCGGGAGGUGCUUUUUAUUUCAUCGAACACGUGGCAGCCGAACCGUCCAGUUGGAAUUUCUUCUGGCAACAAGUCCUCCGGCCGACAUGGAGGCUAGUGUUUGAUGGUUGCGACUUGACCAAAGAGAGCUGGAAAGCCCUGGAGCAGGGCAGCUUCUCCAAGCUGAAUCUGCAGCAUCUGCAGGCGCCCAUCUCCUGGAAGAUAGUCCGGCCUCACAUCAUUGGAUAUGCCUUGAAAUAAUGGGGGAGGGUCGGGGAGCGGUCCAGAUCUGGGAGGAGUUUCCUGUUCUCCUUUUAAAACUCCUUUAAAAACAUUGUGGGUAAGGGGAAGACGGGAAGGGGAGGGACUAUUCUCUCUCUCCCACUGAAAGGAGGGGAGGGCAGAAUGGGAAAAGAUGCUCUGUUAUAUAUAUAUAUA